CAAAAACAAGAAAAAAAGUUAGAAGAAGCUAUGCGUUCAUAUAGAAGUGUCAGUUCUGAAAGGAAAGCUAUAUAUCCUUUUGCAGAAAAGGUGUUAAAUGAAUGGGUUGUUCAAUUACGACAAGAUGGUCUUGUAGUAAUAUUGUCUACAAUAAAGCUUAAAAUGAAAGAGCUUCUUAGAACUAGGUUUCAACAAGACUACUCUAAUACUUUAGAAACUUUCGAAGUUUCAAAUUCUUGGUAUCAGGGAUUUAUGAACCGAUAUAAUCUUGUGCUUCGAUGCUAUACUAAAGUUGGGCAAAAACUUUCUCAUGAAUUAUCUAAACAAUUAGAUCAGUUUUAUAAAUUUAUCAAAAAGUCAUAA